AGUCUACGUUCAACUUCAUAUGAUUGAAAAUGUUGACUCCAGAUUUUCAACUGAAGCAAGAUGCAGAAACUUUGACUAUUAUCAUCAAAGCUCCACAUGCACGGGUAACAGACACAGAGAUCUUCAUUGAAGGAGAUGAAUUCAGAUUUCACUCAAAGCCAUACUUUUUAAGGUUGUCCCUUCCUGGUAACAUUGUAGAGAACGGCCGUGAAAAAGCCCACUAUGACUCAGAUAAAGGUGUGUUCACAAUUGAGGUACCUAAAGAAACAGCAGGAAAAAUGUUUGAAGGACUUGACAUGAUAACCUCACUCCUAACUCCAAAGACACAGAAAAGCAACAAACCCAUUAUAGAAGUCAUUGGGAAUGGCGACAAAGAGGAAGAUAAAUCUCAGGUUGAUGAGGAGAAAGAGGAGGAUUUUGAUUGGUACCUAGAGCAAAAGCCUUAUAAAGAAAAUGAACUCUCAUUGGAUGGUCCAAAAUAUGGAUUUGCCAAUCAGAAGUCUGGAGUAUUUAAAAGAUUGCAGGAUGAAGUUUAUGAUAUAGUAGAUUUGCCUGACCCAGAAAACUGCUCACCAACAGACAGACGGACGAUGAGAGAACAUGCAGAAACAGAAAAGUUUGACCUGGACCAUUACAUAGCUGAUCUGCUUGAUGACGAGAGCAUACAGCAGAUUAUGAAGUACGAGCCUCCGUGGUGUUUUGAGGUGGGGAAAAAAGACACAGCAAAGAAAAUUGAAUUCACAGAUGAAGAACAGCAAAAGAUGAAAAGCUUGCCCAAAAAAGAAUAUUUAUUGGAUGAUGCCAUGGUAACAACAUUGUACUUGGGUUUGAUUGACAUUCUCUUUGGUUACGCCUACAAUGUACGAAUCAAUGAGGGUGAGGAAAAUGUGGAAUCUGGAUGGACUAUCUGCAAACUAAGUGCCACUCUUUCUUGGUUAGAUACCUUCACCAGUGUAGAGGAGGUUUUGAGGUCAUGCAUGAGACGAAGUCUGUGUUUUCCCCUCUACAGACACUGGCAGCUCUCAACAACAGUUCUAAAGGACGUCUACUGUAUUCUGACCUCUGGUAAGAAGCAGAUUUUGAGGUGUCUGUUGGACAUACAUACAAUACUUAAUGGUUCCUAUCCUAGGUACAUCCUUAAUGAUUUAUACAUUACAGACUAUUGUGUAUGGAUACAAAAUGUGAGUGAUAAAAGACUGAGAUCCUUGGCAUCAACAUUGGAAAAGAUUCAGAUAUCAAAGGAAGACUCUGGACUUGAUCUUGUAGCAUUUGAAACUUGUGCACUGGACACUAAAAAUGAUGACACAGAAGAGACACUGGUCAGUUCACUGACAGCUGUCAGUAUCAAGCGGGCUGACAAUGACAGCGAUGAUGAUACUGAUGACAGUACUGAAAGUUAUGACAGUGAAGACGAGGGAGAAAGUGACACUGAAGGAACUGCUCAAAGUGAAAGUAGCAUGAACAAGUGAAAGUUGUACAAACAGCUGUCAAAAUUAUUUACUUUGAAUUAUACAUUAACCUACAGCAAAAUUGCAAAUAUUGCUCAUUUUUGUGGCAAUUUAAAGACAAUUAAA